AUGUGCAUGGGAACAGGCGUACUUGUCCGCCUGUCUGCACGUCCGUGCGGAGCUCCGCCAGCGCCAGCCAAUUGGUUGACUGCCCCUUGGAGGCGCAUGCGUCGUAUCCUGCGCCGUGGAAAGCUCACCAGGGGCAAACGGGCACAAACGGGUCUUCGGGCAGCGACGCCUCAAACAUUCCAGGCUGAAUACCGACAAAAUAACGGUGAUCCCAGUGCGAAAGGAGCGAACGUGGCGUCCAACGAGGGCAACAGCAGCGCCGCGGGCAGUGGCGCGGAGUCUGCCGCCCUGUUCUCCAAAUUGCGUAGCUUCUCCAUUGGCAGUGGGCCGAACUCGCCGCAGCGAGUUGUAUCCAAUUUGCGCGGUUUCCUCACCCAUCGCCUCAGCAAUAUCACACCGAGCGACACAGGAUGGAAAGACUCGAUAUUGUCGAUUCCCAAGAAAUGGCUCUCAACGGCGGAGUCCGUAGACGAAUUUGGAUUCCCUGACACUCUACCCAAGAUACCCGUCCCACCACUGGAGGAAACGAUGGCCGACUAUGUGCGCGCCCUGGAGCCCAUAACGACGCCGGCGCAGCUGGAGCGCACCAAGGAGCUGAUCAGGCAGUUCACGGCACCGCAGGCACUGGGCGAGCGACUGCAUCAGUAUCUGCUGGACAAGCGCGAGGUGGAGGAUAACUGGGCCUACUACUACUGGCUCAAUGACAUGUACAUGAACGUGCGCAUUCCCUUGCCAAUCAACUCGAAUCCUGGCAUGGUGUUCCCCCCCCGACGCUUCAAGACCGUCCACGAUGUGGCCCACUUUGCGGCGCGACUGCUCGAUGGGAUUCUCGCGCACAAGGAGAUGCUGGACAGCGGGGAGCUGCCACUGGAGCGUACCGCCUCGCGGGAGAAGAACCAGCCGCUGUGCAUGGCCCAGUACUAUCGGCUGUUGGGCUCCUGUCGCCGGCCCGGCGUGGAGCGCGACUCCCAGUACCUGCCGUCGCGUGAGCGAACCAACGACGAGGAUCGCCAUGUGGUUGUCAUUUGCCGCAACCAAAUGUACUGCGUGGUGCUGCAGGCCUCCGAUCGCGGCAAGCUGUCCGAGAGCGAGAUUGCCUCCCAGAUCCUCUACGUGCUGAGCGAUGCUCCCUGUCUGCCGGCCAAGCCACUGCCCGUUGGCCUGCUCACCGCUGAGCCGCGCACACGUUGGGCUCGGGAUCGCGAGGCUCUGCAGGCGGAUGAGCGCAAUCAGCGCAAUCUGGAGCUGAUCGAGACGGCGCAGGUGGUGCUCUGUCUGGAUGAGCCGCUGGGCGGAAACUUCAAUGCUCGCGGCUUCAGCGGCGCCACGCCCACCAUGCACAGGGCCGGGGAUCGCGACGAGACGAACAUGGCACACGAGAUGAUCCACGGCGGUGGCAGUGAGUACAAUUCGGGCAAUCGUUGGUUCGACAAGACCAUGCAGCUCAUCAUCUGCACCGAUGGCACUUGGGGCCUCUGUUACGAGCACUCCACAUCCGAGGGCAUUGCCGUGGUGCAGCUGCUGGAGAAGAUCUACAAGAACAUUGUCGACCAUCCGGACGAGGACAAUGGCCUGCCGCAGCAUCAUCUGCCGCCGCCCGAGCGCCUGGAGUGGCACGUGAGUGGCCCACAGCUGCAGCUGCGAUUCGGCCAGGCUGCCAAGAGCGUGGACAAGGCCAUCGAUGAUCUGGACUUUUAUGUCUAUCGCUAUCGUGGCUAUGGCAAGACAUUCAUCAAGUCGUGCCAGGUCAGUCCGGAUGUGUACAUUCAGUUGGCCCUGCAGCUGGCACACUUCAAGCUCUAUGGCCGUCUGGUGGCCACCUACGAGAGUGCCUCCACGAGGAGAUUUCUGCAUGGCCGCGUGGACUGCAUUCGAGCGGCCAGCACGGAGGCUUUGGAAUGGGCCAAGGCCAUGUGCCAGGGUGAGGGCGCCAAUGUGACGCUGGAGAGCGAUCGCGAGGAUGAGGAAGAGGCGCGCAAGGUGACAUUUAGCAUUUACAGUAAGGACCAUCUGCGUGAGCUCUUCCGCUGCGCCGUGGCCCGUCAGACCGAGGUGAUGGUGAAGAACAUUCUGGGCAGCGGCAUUGACAUACCGCUGCUGGGACUGCGUGAGGCCAGUGUGGAGGUCACCGGCGAAAUGGCCGAGCUCUUCAACGAUGAGUCCUACAAGAUUUCGCAGUGUUUCCUGCUCUCCACCAGUCAGGUUGCCUGCACCACGGACAGCUUUAUGGGCUAUGGACCCGUGACACCACGUGGCUAUGGCUGCUCCUACAAUCCGCAGCCCGAGCAGAUUGUCUUCUGCGUGUCUGCGUUCUACUCGUGCGAGGACACGAGCGCCUCUCGCUAUGCCAAGUCGCUGCAGGACUCGCUGGACAUAAUGCGGGAUCUGUUGCAGAAUUAAAGGGAAUAUAAAAUAUAUGCAAAAAUAUAUAUAUACAUAUCAGUAAAUGUACCUUAGCAAAAACUAGCGAACGAAACUAAACAUGUAAAAUCUGUGGUUAACUGGCGUCCGCGACUGAGUGCGCGACCUUCUGGCGUUUCAUUUGUGACCAAAAGCACCACCAAAGCGAAGCCACCCAACGAGCGUUGUUGGGUUCGAAACGAAAAACGAAAAAAACGAGAAAAACUAAUGUCAAUCAUUGCUAUCAUGUUGUCCCCUCAGCUAACUAAAAGUACUCCUCGUAGAUGGCCCGCAGAUGCCAUUCUAGUCAAUUAAAUGUUUUAGAGCAAUUUUAUGCGCUGUUAUCUGAGUGUGUUAAUUAUACUAAACGUAUAUAUGCAAUAUAAUCGUAACAAACAAAUAUGAAUUAUUGGACAACUAACAAAAACUAAAUUAGCCGAGCUUAGAACCUUUGUUUGACAACCUUUCCCCUAAGCAGUUUGGCCAUGCCGCCCAUAAGUAUGCAAUACUUUAGUUACGUUGCGUUGUGUUCUAAAAUAUGUACUAAAAAGAGAACUAAUAAUUAAAGCAAGUAGCUGUAUUAUCUCUAUGCUUGUUACUUCAAUUUCGUUGCUUGUUGUUCGUUU